AUGCAGCAGGGUCGUCCUGGGAUCACCCAGAAACGCUUCUCAGCAAACAAAUUCCACGCGCUGCCCGAUGACAGCAACAGCAACAACAACAACAACAACAUGGCGAAUCCCAAUGACGCUACUAUCGACAUUCCCUUAACCGCCGUGCCCAGCAACAAAGGCACCGGUGCCCGCAAGAACAACAGCAGCAACAACAACAUCGCGGCCUUUCCAAGCUAUCCCAACGGGGGCCAGAAUACAGGGUUCGACAAUGUCGAAAAAUCAGCCCAGCAAGCACCAUUUCGACCGGGUCCUGGCCGGCGAAGAAAGACCAAUCUCGGAGAUCAGUCCCUGCACGAGGAUGAUGGGAAAACCACGCUCAACCGCAUGGGCCAAUUCUACUAUGCCAUCCUCAACUUCUCCGUCGUCACUCGCUACUUCAUCUAUGUCUCGCCGUUUGUGUUGAUAAUCGCCAUCCCCAUCAUUGUUGGCGCUACGGCCGCGCCCCAUGCGGCCAUUGGCGGCGUCAGAAUCGUCUGGUUUUUCACCUGGAUCGAAGUCGUCUGGGUCAGUCUGUGGGUAUCCAAGAUUCUUGCCCAUUUCUUGCCGUUUUUGUUCCAAUUCUUUGCGGGCUUCGCCAGCGCCGGCAUCAAGAAGUAUGCGCUUAUUCUGAAGGCGCUGGAGAUCCCCAUUUCGCUGCUGGGAUGGUCCAUUGUCUCCUUGGCUACGUUUAUUCCUAUCAUGACUGAAAACCCCGACCAGCGCGCUGCGGGUGAUACGGGAGAAAAGGCCUGGGAGGGCACUAUCAAACAGAUCCUUUUCGCCCUGCUUAUCUGUGCUCUGAUCUUCCUGGUCGAGAAAGCUAUUAUCCAGAUGAUCUCUGUGAGCUACCAUCGGAAGCAGUAUGAUCUCAGAAUCAAGGAGUCCAAGCAUAAUGUCGAGUUGCUGGGCUUUCUCUAUGAAGCCUCCCGCGCCAUGUUUCCCGAAUACUGCAGGGAGUUUAUGGAGGAAGACCAGAUCAUAUCGGCCACUAUCAUUGGCGCCAAUAAAAAGGACAGCGCUGGUCGUGGAGACUCGGUCAACCCGCUCCGCCUGAUUCGCAAUGUGGGACGCAAUGUUGGCCGUGUCGGUGACAAGGUCACCGCUGUGUUUGGUAAUGUCGCCUCGGAGAUCACUGGCAGGCAUUACGAGGGGGGAUCUGCCCAUUCCGUGGUUACUCAUGCCUUGGAGAAGCGGCACGCGUCUGAAGCGCUAGCCAAGCGUAUUUGGAUGUCCUUCGUUGUCGAGGGAAGAGACGCUCUGUUUGAAGAAGACAUUGUCGAGGUCAUGGGCGCCACUCGCGAGGCCGAGGCGCGCGAAUGCUUCCACAUCCUGGACCGCGACGGCAACGGCGAUGUCAGCAUGGAGGAGAUGAUUCUCACCGUGGCCGAGUUUGGGCGUGUGCGCAAGUCCAUCGGCCGGAGCAUGCACGAUGUCGACCAGGCCAUUCACGUCUUGGACAGCCUGCUGCUAAGCGUUGCUAUGAUCAUCAUGGUUCUCGUGUUUGUGUCCUUUGUCACGACCGGUGCCGCAACUGUGAUUGCGGCCGCAGCUACGUCUCUGCUGUCUCUCUCGUUCGUCUUCUCCGUCACCGCACAGGAAGUGCUCGGUUCCUGCGUCUUCCUGUUUGUCAAGCAUCCAUUCGACAUUGGCGACCGCGUGGAAAUCAACAGCCAGGAGCUUUUUGUCGAGGAGAUCUCGCUGCUGUACACCGUCUUCCGUUCCGUCGCCGAUCAACGCAUCACACAGGCAGCCAACAACGUGCUCAACACCGCCUGGAUCGACAACCUCACGCGAGCGCGGGCCAUGCGCGAACGCAUCUCUCUCUACGUCGAUUUCGGCACCACCUUCGCCGACAUCCAGCUGCUGAAAAUGGAGAUGGAGAAGUUUGUCCGGGACAAGGAGAACAACCGCGACUUCCAGCCGGAUAUCGAGAUUGAAGUCAUCGGCAUUGGCAGCAUGGACAAACUGGAGCUGCGCAUAGAAAUCCGGCACAAGUCCAACUGGUCCAACGAGACGGUCCGCGCUUCACGCCGGUCGAAGUUUAUGUGUGCUUUGGUGUUGGCGGUGCGCAAGGUGCCCAUUCUGGCCCCCGGCGGCGGCGGCGCUGCCCUCGGUGACCCCAGCAACCCUUCGUACUCGGUCAGCAUCACGGACGACAAGGCGAAGGAGUACCGCACACAGGCCGCAGAGAAGAAAGAGGCCGCUCGGCUCGUGCCCACCAGCCAAAUGAUCGAGCUGCAGUCCACCAUGGAUUCUAGAGCCGCCAUGGGCGCGAAAUCGAGCGGCGUCGAGACCGUCGCCAACACCAACAACGGCACCCUCGAGCAACGCCGUCCGGGGUCCAUCAAGAAGAUGAGCGAAGCGGAUUUCGUCGAGGCGCUGAACAGUCGUCCGGCAGGGUAUGACCUGGCGCGUCCCGAUGAAUCGGCGCAAUUGUAUCGCGUUCCCAGCGCGACCUCGGCCGUGAGCCGCGAGCAGUUGAGCGUCGUCGGCCACGACACUCUGGGCGUCAAUGAUGAUCAAGCCUCGCUUCUCCGCGCGCCGUCUACAGGCCGUCGAAAGGGUGGCAAUACCAUCGAUACCUACAACAUGAACAACAACCUGGAAACCAGCCGCAGCAACAACUACGAAGCAAUCUCACCUAUCCGCCAACCAUCCCCCCUCCUCGUACCUCCAUCUGUCACAGGCGCUGUCCCAUCCUCAUCAUCCUCCUCAUUCCACCAGCAGCAGCAAACAAACACUUCUGCAACCGACCGCUACGAAAUCCCCAGCUACUACUCUGCCGCUGUCAGCGUGGGCGGUGCUUCUUCAGACCACCCGGGCACAGUUAGCAGCCCUUACGAAACCAACAAUCCAUAUGCAGCAAGUUAUGGAAACACAUCCCAUUCCACCAUUCCGCCUAUCACUACUACUACUACAACAGCUCCUCAGUACCGAACCUCUCCGCCACAAUACCAGUCGCCUCCUCGCUCUGCUCAGCAACAACAAACGCCUGCAGCGGAUGAGGAUGAGGAACGCAAUAAAUGA